UCCAGAGCUGCGCCGGACCCGCGGCGAGGCAGCACGGCCCGGCCAUGGCUGUGAACGAGACCAGUGGCCAUCUUCCGACAAACAGAGCACUGGAAAAGUAUUAUCUCUCCACCAUGUACAGCCUUGAGUUCAUUAUAGGUGCCCUUGGAAACAUCAUCGUGGUGUUUGGCUAUGUUUUCUGCCUGAAAAAAUGGAAAAGCGGCAACAUCUACCUGUUCAAUUUAUCCAUAUCAGAUUUGCUAUUUCUGUGCACUCUGCCAAAUCUGGUGAACAGCUACUCCAAAGAUCAGUGGGCAGAGAGCACCCUGUGCCACAGCAACAGAUUCCUGCUGCACGCCAACCUGUACAGCAGCGUCCUGUUCCUCAUGGUCAUCAGCAUUGACCGGUACAUGCUGAUGAAGCACCCCUUCAGGGACCACGUCCUGCAGAAGAGGAACACAGCUGUGGUGGUGUCUGUUGCCGUGUGGAUCGGGGUGAUCCUGGAGCUGCUGCCCCUGCUGUAUUUCCUGGAGCCUGUCACAGCUGCCAAUAACUACAAGUGCCUUGACUACGCCAGCUCUGGGGACCCCGUGACAAGCCUCGUCUACAGCAUGUUCCUGACCGUCUUUGGCUUCCUCAUUCCCCUCCUGACCAUGGGCUGCUUCUACCUGAAGAUGGUUUGUUUUCUGCAGAACAGGAGCGAGCAGAUCCGCUCCGCCCUGACCCUGGAGAAGCCCCUGACCCUGGUGAUCCUCACCGUGGUGACCUUCUCCCUGCUCUUCACUCCCUACCACGUCAUGCGCAACGUGCGCAUCGCCUCCCGAAUCCCGGCCCUCAACAUCUCUGGGGGCACGCAGAGAGUCAUCACCACUGCGUACAUCAUCACCAGACCCUUUGCCUUCCUAAACAGUGCCAUUAAUCCCGUUUUUUAUUUCCUGAUGGGUGACCACUUCAGAGAGAUGCUGAUGGCCAAAACAAGACAGCUCCUGGGCAGGCUGACAACCACUGGGAAGUGA